AAUUUAAGUACAUUUGUGAUAAUAAAAUUUGUGAUGAUUAUGAAGUUUUUCGUGUGAAUAUUAAGUCGGUCCAAAGAAAGGCUUAGUAUUUGACAUGAUUUUAUUAUCAAAAUUUUAUUAUUACGCCAAGAGUACCACUUGCAAGUCUAAUUUAUGUCCAAAGACAAGAUUAGAUGUUACGUUAGGUAUCUUGUGAUGGGGAUUGCUAAUAUUUAAAUUUAAAAUUAAUUAUCAAAUUAAUUUCAGUUCCUAGAGCAUAUCAUUUAUAUUAUUUUUGUUCUCUUUCAGUCAACAAUUCUGCUGCUACAAUAUCUGCUAAUAUUAAUAGCAUCCCAGUGCUUAACGACACGAAUUUUAAGGAAUGGAAAGAGAAUGUUAUGAUCGUUCUCGGUUGCAUGGAUCUAGACCUUGCACUUCGGACUGAGAAACCCGCCGCUCUUAAGGACACAUCUACCCUCGAUGAAAAGAGGGAGAUGGAGAGGUGGGAACGCUCAAACCGCAUGAGUCAAAUGAUCAUGAAACGUGCAAUUCCAGAAUCAUUCAGGGGCACAAUGUCUGAUGAGGCCGAUGCCAAAUCAUUCCUUGCCGAACUUGAAAAGCGUUUUGCUAAAAACGAAAAGGCGGAAACUAGUACUCUUUUGAGCACUCUUGUUUCCAUGAAGUAUAAAGGCAAAGGGAACAUAAGGGAGUACAUUUUGGAAAUGUCUCAUAUUGCUUCAAAACUAAGUGCACUAAAGCUUGUUUUACCUGAGGAAUUGCUUGUGCAUUUAGUUUUGAUCUCUCUUCCUUCUCAAUUUAAUCAAUUUAAAGUCAGUUACAACUGCAUUAAGGAGAAAUGGUCUCUCAAUGAGCUCAUUUCUCAUUGUGUUCAAGAGGAAGAGAGAAUAAAGCAAGAUAAGACAGAAAGUGCUCAUUUGGCAUCUACCUCUAAGGGCAGCAAUAAAAGAAAAAUUAAGGAAGCUGCAAAUUCGGGGCCUCCCAGGAAGCAUCACAAGGAAACUAAGGAAGAAACUAAGGAAUCUGGAUGCUUCUUUUGCAAAGGGACUAAUCACAAGAAAAAGAACUGCACUAAGUACCAUGCUUGGCGUGCGAAAAAGGGGUUGCCUGAGCUGCCGAAAACCAAUUGAUGGUGAAAGAUACAUCUAUGUCGGUGAUGGCAAGCGGGUUGAAGUUGAGACUAUCGGUGUUUUUAGAUUAUUAUUAAAGACUG